AACAAUACCUCUCACAACACAACCCAUCAUCAGCUUUUUCUCUCUCUCUCUCUCUCUCUCUCUCUAUAUUCCUCCCAGCCAGUCAAACAAAAUGUAACAAAAACCAAACAUCAAAGCAUCUCCACAAUCACUCUCAGGAACAUACUAGAUCAUAUCGCAUCUUAACAUAUUCUGAGCUCUGUCCUCUCUUUCAUGGCGGAAUCAAUCUUUCUCUUUCUCUUGCUCUUGCUCUUUCUCUUCCUCUCAACAAACCCAGUUCUUUCUCAGCCCAACAAUGGCUUAGUCUACAAUGGCUUCAAGGGUUUUAUCAACAACAACAACAUAAGCCUAAACGGUGUUGCAGAGAUCCACAACAAUGGUCUCCUCCAACUCACCAACGACACACUUCGAUUGAUCGGCCACGCCUUUUACCCAACUCCGAUCCGAUUCAAGAACUCCACAACUGGUAAAGCUCUCUCUUUCUCUACAGCCUUCGCUUUCGCAAUCGUUCCAGAGUACAAAAAGCUCGGCGGCCAUGGCUUGGCCUUCACGAUUUCGCCGACCAAGGAGCUUCAUGGGGGAUUUCGUCCACCUCCGAGCCAGUAUUUGGGUCUUCUCAAUGCCAACAACACUGGAAAUUCCUCAAACCAUUUGUUCGCUGUCGAAUUCGAUACAGUCCAAGACUUCGAAUUCAAAGACAUCAAUGACAAUCACGUUGGCAUCGAUAUCAAUGGCCUGAUCUCCAAUGAUUCGGUGAGCGCUGGGUAUUAUGUACAAGGCAAUUCGACAAUGCAAUCAAUCAAUCUCAAGAGUGGGAACACGAUUCAGGCAUUUAUCGACUACGAUUCUGCCAAAAACGAAUUGAAUGUCUCUCUUUCACUCUCUUCGACAAAACCCAGUUCUUCAAUUUUGACAUUUCAUAUCGAUCUGUCGCCAAUUUUCGAAGACACCAUGUAUGUGGGCUUCUCUGCUUCAACAGGUCUGCUCGCGAGCUAUCAUUAUAUACAAGGUUGGAGCUUCAACAUGAGUGGACAAGCUCAUUCUCUCGAUUUAUCUUCUCUACCCUCUCUGCCUGAACCCAAACAGAGCUACACGGCUUUAAUCUUAGGCGUCUCUGUAUCUGUUGUUAUAGUCAUCGUCUUCGCGAUUGGACUGGCCUUUUACAUCGUCAGGAAGAUCAAGAACGCAGACAUAAUCGAAGCUUGGGAGCUCGAUAUUGGUCCUCAUCGAUUCUCAUACAAAGAGCUCAAGAAAGCGACGAGAGGGUUCAAAGACAAACAGCUACUUGGGUUCGGUGGAUUCGGCAGAGUAUACAAAGGAACUCUUUCGAAUUCGAAUACCCAAGUCGCGGUGAAGCGAAUUUCACACGAAUCGAAGCAGGGUUUGCGCGAAUUCGUGUCAGAAAUCGCGAGUAUUGGUCGGCUUCGUCAUCGGAACUUGGUUCAGUUACUGGGUUGGUGUCGCCGGCGAGGAGAUCUAUUACUCGUCUACGAUUUCAUGCCCAAUGGAAGCUUAGACAAGUACAUUUUCGACCAACCCACAACGAUUUUGAGUUGGGAACAGAGAUUCAAGAUCAUCAAAGGAGUAGCUUCGGGUUUGCUUUACUUGCACGAAGGUUGGGAACAGACUGUGAUUCACCGAGACAUUAAAGCCGGUAAUGUAUUGUUAGACACCGAACUCAAUGGGCGACUCGGCGAUUUCGGAUUAGCAAAGCUAUACGAGCAUGGUUCGAACCCAAGUACGACAAGAGUGGUGGGAACAUUGGGUUAUCUAGCUCCGGAGUUGACUCGGACUGGUAAGCCGACUACGAGCUCCGACGUGUUCGCGUUUGGGGCUUUGUUGCUUGAGGUUGUGUGUGGAAGAAGACCGAUCGAGCCGAAAGCUUUGCCGGAGCAGUUGAUAUUGGUGGAUUGGGUGUGGGAGAGUUGGAAAGGGGGGUCGAUUUUGGAGGUGGUGGAUCCGAGAUUGGGAGGUGAGUUUGAUGAAAUUGAGGUUGUGGUGGUGUUGAAACUUGGGUUGAUGUGUUCGAAUAAUGUUCAGGUGAAGAGGCCGAGUAUGAGGCAGGUGGUGAGGUAUUUGGAAGGAGAGGUGGGGUUGCCGGAGGUGGUGGCGCCGCCGGAGGAGAAGGGUGGUGGUGGUGGUGUUGGUGGUGGGUUUGAGUUUGAGGAUUUUGUUCAUUCGUAUCCUUCUUCGUCGAAUUUUGAGAAGGUAAGUGGGUUCUCGUCCGGUGGCGAUGGAGAUGUUGAAACUGGUUGCGGUGGUUCUCCGGUGCCUCUAGCCGGAGGGAGAAAUGGUAGUUAGCCAUUGGAGAGAGAGAGAGAGAGGGGGGAAGAGGUAAUUUUAAUUUUUGAUUUUUUUUUUAAUUUGUUAGGAUUUUGAGUGUAAUUUUGAUUUUUAAUUUUGGUGUACAUUAAAAGGUUGAUUUGUUAGGAUUUUGAGCUUGAUUUUA